AGUCGGUGACAGUUGAAUUAAAACCGACAGCAAGAAUCACGAAAAGAAACAGCGAUCCUGCAACAGCGACAUCCCAUGGCUUCCGCGCAGAGGACGCUGCCCGACUGUGUUUUCUGCAAAAUUGCCACCGGAAACGAUCCGGCGACCGAUAUUGUGUUCCGCAAUGAGCGUAUGUGCAUCUUUAAGGACAUUCGGCCGGCGUCGGACUUCCAUUACCUGGCCAUACCGAACCAUCAUGUGGAAAAUGUAAACUCACUCACCGUUGCUGAUAAGCCGUUGCUGGAAGAGCUGAAGCGAGAGCUCGUUAGCUACAUGCGAAGCAAAGACGUUGAUCCGUCCCAGGCAUCGUUCGGGUUCCACAUUCCACCCUUUACGAGCGUGAAGCAUUUGCACCUGCAUGCGAUUGCCCCCGUUAGUAGGAUGGGCUUUAUUUCGCGGAUGAUUUUCCGGCCAAACACGAUGUGGUUUAAAACGGUGCGAGCUGUCCUGUCCGUUAAUAGAAUAAAUGUAUUACGGUAUGUAUGUUUUAUUUCUUCUUUCAGGAUGAAGCUAUUAUGCAAACCAUUUCCAACGAUAACGCAACCGAGUGAUAUGUGUUUUGUUUGACGCUGUACGAAACGUUCCAUAUUGUUAAUGAAUAAAUAUCCUUUUUAUUGGCUUCGACUAACGCUAA